AUCGAAUCCCAUCAGCACUCGAAAACCUUCAUACCCACAUCCCCAGCCCCAGUCAUCGGUGACAAAGAGCUUUUGCCAUCAUCCCACCCCAGCAAGGAUGAGCCUGCAGUGAAGGUAACCCCAUGAGCGCAGCCUUGCAGAUGACAGCAUUCGGUCUUGCUCUUCUCUCAACCCUCUUCCUGCUCCUUGCAACAUGCACCGACUGCUGGAUGGUGAACGCUGAUGACAGCUUGGAGGUAAGUCACAAAUGCCGGGGGCUUUGGAGGGAGUGUGUCACCAACAUGCAGGACGGGGUCAGGACCUGUGACCAGUAUGACUCCAUUUUGGCUGACCAUCCAGUGAAGAUUGUGGUGACACGGACCCUGCUGAUCACAGCGGACCUCCUGGCUGGCCUGGCUUUGGCUACGUUGCUCCUUGGGCUUGACUGCAUCAAGUUCCUCAAGGAAGAGCCUCAUGUCAAACUGAAGAUGUGCUACGGGGCCGGUGUCAUCCUCAGCAUUGGGAGCAUCCUGGGUCUUGUGGGCUCUGUGUGGUAUGCAGUGGAUGUCUACAUGGAGAGGGCCAUGCUGGUGUCACACAAUAUAUUUCUGGGAGUCCACUACGACUUCGGGUGGUCGUGCUGGCUGGGGAUGGCUGGCUCGAUGGGCUGCUUCGUGGCAUCUGUCUUGCUGACCUGCUGCCUCUAUGCCUGUGCAGACUCCAGCAGCAGCUGGCAACCCCAGAGGCUUCCCCAGCCCCAGGGCCGAACAGCCACCGGCAAGAUGUACACCAUGGACUCCCGCGUGUGAUGGGCAGCAGCACCUCCCACACCUGGCCCCACUGCAGGAUGC